AUGGUAUCGUUUUUAAGAAAGGCCCUUCUGCUUGGCCUAGCAUUUGCUGACGAUCAAGCUUCUUAUACUGAAGAUGCUGGAGGUCUGUUUAGGACGAUGCAGGAGCAUCCUGAACGUGUAAAAUUGGACAAAAUUGAUGGAGAGGUCCCGAGCUGGCUGAAAGGAUCAAUGUUCCGAAACGGACCCGGACAAUACGAAUACGGACAGGAUCACUUCAAGCAUAUUUUCGAUCCCUCGGCGAUCAUCCAAAAGAUUGAGUUUGACAAUGGAGAUGUUCAUUAUCAGAGCAAAUACAUCGAGUCCACUCAUCGCCUCGCCAAUGUCGAAAAAGACGCCAUCGUCUACACCGAAAUGGGCACCUGGGCAGAGCCGGAAGGCUGUGAAGAUCUCGCCGACGAAGAACUUUCAAAAGCCCGAUGCUACCAUCUCUACGAAUCCUUCCCCUCAGAUAACACGAUCGUCUCGCUCUACCCGAUCCACGGCUGGAUGGUCGGCUUCACUGAGUCCCGAAUGAUCACUCUCAACGAUCCUGUUACUUUGGAAACAAAACACAUUUUGGACUUGGGCGAUGUCAAACCAGAGGGCUACUUCAUUGUCACUGUUCUUGCCCAUGGUUCUCUCGAUGCCAACGGAGAUUUCUGGACGAUGAGCGUAGGAGUCUACAACGAACCCUUUGCGUUUGUCCCAAAAACCGCAUAUGGAACGCUGAAGAUCAAAAACGCUGUUCGUGAUGUUGAAAACCCCUUUGCCUACCAAGCAACUCCGGAAGAAUUUCUCGCAUCUGUCGAAUUCGGCGACUUUUUGUACAAUGAAGAUGAGCGAGACAAGACCGUCAGAUACUUCCACAUGUUCGUCCAGACCACCGACUUCCUCGUCCUCCCAGUAACAAGCAUUGAACUCGACCCAUUCAAAAUGGCCGAUGCGUGUAAAGCAGGAGAGCCACCGAUGGACAUGAUGUUUUACAACGAAGAAAAGCCCGGAUACUUCAAAAUCUUCGACAAGAAAAACAUGAGGUGGUUCCCUAAGACGUUUUCAACAGAGGCCUUCAUGCAGAUUCACAUGAUUCAAGCUUACCAAGAUGGGGAUAAAAUCAUCUUGGAUACUUGCGAAACUCCCAAGGGGGAUAUCAUGAUGGCAUAUUACCUGGAUACAGUCAACGCUACUGGCCAAGCGCUCCAAGAAGUCCAUGAAAGCAUGCUCCCAAUUGGCAUUCCCGUUAGAUACGAAUUUGGCAUGGACGGUUUGAUGGCCAAAUCGGACGAAUACGUCGAGCCAACUGUCCUAUACGAGCCUGACAUGGUCAAUUGGCCAAUGUACACCGCCGCUGGAACUGACUUCCCAAUGAUCAAUUUCGAUUACGUCGGGGUAAAGUACGAUCACUUUUGGUCCGUUGGAAUGGGCAAUAUCAUGGCCGACAGGCUUUAUCACUCGCAAAUAUCAACCAAGGAACGAUUCGUUUGGAGAGAGGCUGGUUACUCCCCAUCCGAGCCCUUCUUCGUCUCCCGCCCUGGUGCCGAAUCCGAAACCGACGGUGUCCUACUCUCUCUUGUUUCGGCCUUCGAAGGACAUUCUGAUCUUCGACCGUUCAUGCUGAUUCUAGAGCCAGUUGAAAUGACAGAGAUCGCUAGAAUUUGGCUUCCAGAUGAUUAUGAUAUUUCUGUCUCUUUCCACGGCACUUUUGUUAAACACCAAGAAACUUUUUUAUAA